CGCGCACAACAAUCAUUCAAGAUCAUUUUACAGAUUUGCAAAUUCAGGAAAGACCUCUCUCUGUUGGCGUUUUAGAGUAAAACACCGACCGUGAAACGAAGUAGGAAGUGGGAUAAAAUCUCCAAUAAGAUUGUCCAUAAAGAUCAUAAGAUUUCCUGUGUUGAGUGAAGCGUUGAACAUGAGGCUAUUGUGCGUGGUACUUUUGGUUACCGGCACUGCGUUUGCCGAGGACGACAAGAGGGAAAGCGUUGGGACAGUGGUAGGAAUCGACCUCGGCACCACUUAUUCCUGUGUUGGAGUUUUCAAGAAUGGUCGUGUUGAGAUCAUUGCGAACGAUCAGGGAAACCGCAUCACCCCAUCCUAUGUGGCUUUCACAGCCGAGGGGGAGCGUCUGAUCGGUGAUGCUGCCAAGAACCAGCUGACCUCCAAUCCUGAAAACACAGUCUUUGACGCUAAAAGGCUUAUUGGUCGUGCAUGGGCUGACUCCUCUGUUCAACAGGACCUCAAGUUCUUGCCCUUCAAGAUUAUUGAGAAGAAGACAAAACCCCAUAUUCAGGUGGACAUCGGUGGUGGUCAGAUGAAGACAUUUGCUCCUGAGGAAAUCUCAGCUAUGGUACUCACCAAAAUGAAGGAAACUGCCGAGGCCUACCUGGGAAAGAAGGUUACCCAUGCUGUGGUGACUGUCCCUGCCUAUUUCAAUGAUGCCCAGCGUCAAGCCACCAAGGAUGCUGGCGUCAUUGCAGGUCUGAACGUGAUGAGAAUCAUCAAUGAGCCAACCGCUGCUGCCAUUGCCUAUGGUCUGGACAAGAAGGAUGGCGAGAAAAACAUCCUGGUCUUUGAUCUUGGUGGUGGCACUUUUGAUGUGUCCCUCCUGACCAUUGACAAUGGCGUGUUUGAGGUUGUAGCCACCAAUGGAGACACUCAUCUGGGAGGUGAGGACUUUGACCAGCGUGUCAUGGAGCACUUCAUCAAGCUUUACAAAAAGAAGACUGGCAAGGAUGUGCGCAAAGACAAUCGUGCUGUGCAGAAACUGCGACGUGAGGUAGAAAAGGCCAAGAGAGCCCUAUCUGCCCAGCAUCAGGCCCGCAUCGAGAUUGAGUCCUUCUUUGAGGGAGAAGAUUUCUCUGAGUCUCUAACUCGUGCCAAGUUUGAAGAGCUCAACAUGGACCUGUUCCGUUCCACCAUGAAGCCUGUCCAGAAGGUGCUGGAAGACUCUGACCUUAAGAAGCCUGACAUUGAUGAGAUUGUUUUAGUUGGAGGUUCUACUCGUAUCCCAAAGAUUCAGCAGCUGGUGAAGGAGUUCUUCAAUGGCAAGGAGCCCUCCAGGGGCAUCAACCCUGACGAGGCUGUGGCCUAUGGAGCCGCAGUACAGGCCGGUGUCCUAUCUGGAGAGGAGGAUACAGGUGAUCUGGUUCUUCUGGAUGUGUGCCCUCUGACCUUGGGUAUUGAGACUGUUGGAGGAGUCAUGACCAAGUUGAUCCCUAGAAACACUGUGGUGCCCACCAAGAAAUCUCAGAUUUUUUCCACUGCCUCUGACAACCAGCCCACUGUCACUAUCAAAGUAUAUGAAGGUGAGCGUCCUCUGACAAAGGACAACCAUCUGCUUGGUACUUUUGACCUAACUGGAAUUCCCCCUGCUCCACGUGGAGUGCCCCAAAUCGAAGUCACCUUUGAGAUAGAUGUUAAUGGCAUCUUGCGCGUGACUGCCGAGGACAAGGGCACAGGCAACAAGAACAAGAUUACUAUCACCAACGAUCAAAACCGCUUGACACCGGAGGACAUUGAGCGCAUGGUCAAUGAUGCUGAGCGCUUUGCUGAUGAAGACAAGAAGCUGAAGGAUCGCAUUGAUGCCCGUAAUGAGCUGGAGAGCUACGCCUAUUCUCUGAAAAAUCAGAUUGGCGACAAGGAGAAGCUGGGUGGCAAGCUGUCUGACGAGGAUAAAGAGACUAUUGAAAAGGCUGUGGAGGAGAAGAUUGAGUGGAUGGAGUCCCACCAAGAUGCUGAGCUAGAGGACUUCCAGGCUAAGAAGAAAGAGUUGGAGGAGGUGGUCCAGCCUAUUAUCAGUAAGCUGUAUGGAAGUGCUGGUGGACCUCCACCCGAGGGAGAAGCGCAGGAUGAGAAAGACGAGUUGUAAGGUAGUCAGGAAGGGUGAAUAAUUAAUGCACAUCUCUGUUCCUGUUGGCCAUUGCCUCUCUGGUAAAGGCACAGAUGUACAUAUUGGACAAGAGUGGAACGGGUUGGCGAGUUGACAAACGCAACCAUGGUUAAUCUUCUGUCAAGACUCAAACAGAAGUGUGUGUAUUUGACAGAUUUAUUUUCUCUUCGUUGUGAGGCGGAGAUGUCAGCCCAUAUACAAGGCUCCAUACUGCUGUUCUUAAGCAGUCCAGAAGGUUUUCUAGUGGGGUGGUGUUCUACAUAGGUGGGGAUGUUGGGGUGAUGUUAAAUGCUCAAUUAUUUAUUGAAUCUGGUCAUUGUAGAAAAGCCUUUCUACUGUAAAGACAUUGAAAUAAAUGUUUGAUAAAACACAA